CCCGAACACACUGAGAUAGGUCUCGGGGCCCAAGUGUAGGAAAAUGUCGAGCCGCUGGAUGUCUCCGUAUCCUCAUCGGCGGCGUGCCCAGGGAGAAGUGAGAAGGGGCGGGCCUUCUCAGAAGGCUCGGAAGUCCCCCAACCUUCAGAAACAAAUUCUGAGCCUUCCCAGAAGACGCAAAAGACCUUUCAGAAGGACGGAGGCACGGGCGGCGGCUGCAAUCGGGCCUGCGGGAGCUCGAUGCGCCCAGAGAAUGACAGCAUAAACUCAAACAGCCGGAUCGGCGCUGCACCCCCCAAUCAGAGGCGGAGCGCGCCAGGGGCGGCGCCGCCAGAGGGGCAAGCAUCGACCCACGAAAAAUCGUCGCGAAGGUACGAAAGAUUAUACUCACGCCGCUCUUCCUAAUUCGACGGAUGAUGAUUCGGUGGCGCAGUGGCCGCGUCGACCAGAUGCGGGAGGGGGGCGGGCGAGAUCUGUACAUCACCCCCGCCCUCUCCUCGUAUCUGCGCCUAAGUACGCACGCAAGCGCACGCUGCCCCAAUACCUCCGACCCGAUCUGCUCUCGAAUCGCCUCUCCCCACGCCAUGAGCGGCAGCAAACAAACGAGCAAAAAGACGAGCAAGGGCUCACCGGCGCCGCCGUCCGCGGGCUCACUGGCGCCGCAGGGGUCCCGGGGAGGGCCGCGCCGCCAGAUGAGCCGCGCAGCUUUCUUCUGAGCCCGCUUGCCCGUCGAAUGGGCAGCCGAACGGGCUCAGCUGCGAGAAGGCCGAGAGAAGUGCGCCCGUGCGGCCCCCAAAUGGGCUCGAUCGAAAGUGAGUCCAUCCAGCGGCCGACUGGGCUCAGACGCCGAACGGGGUCGCGGGGGGACCUUGGGGAGGUGGGGCCGCGGGCGCGGACCGGGCGUCGCCCCGCGCGUGCAGCCUCGCGCGCCGCUC